CCCACUCCUGACGACAUUAGACCUCGGCGAGCGGUGCUUUAUCAUUAAUCAGCGACUUUGAGCGUAAAGACUUCUUCAUCUGUCAAAGUGUAUUCCUCAAACGAAUUUCAGAUAACGUUGUGAUCUGUGCUUGCGGUCCUAUAUUGUUUCUCUCUACAGUAUUAUUAUUUCUAUAAGAAAGAAAAAUUCAAACGGUAUGGCAGGCGCGAUUCCGGAUCUUCCACUUCUGGCAGAAGACGAUUCGAUGCUCUCCCGAAAGUUUGGCCGUGAAGUCGCCAACUACUUCUCGGGCAGUCCGUUGAACAGGGUUUCUUUCCUGCGGGUGGAUCAUGCAUUCUUGUCUUCGGCAUUUGCGCAUCCUACGGCGUCAUUUCUGCUUAUGAACAAUCUGUCGCCAACGGUCAAAGACCCUACCAAGUUGGCCUACGUGGGGAGAUCAGAGGUUGAGUCUCUUACAGGACCGGAACCGUUUGGAAAAACAGAACAGGAUUGGCUCAAGACGUUUAACUCCGACAUCACUCACCCAGUUGUUCUCUUACUUGGCAUUGACGAGAAGACGAAGUCGGGAUUUGAAUGGAAGGAGUACUCUGGAGCGCCUUAUUUCGCGGUGGAUGUAACUCCCAAGGGCUCCAUCAAGGAAAAGGCCGAGAGCGUUAUUGAUGCAAUCAAGGCCAAGGAGGGCAUUGAUUUCUUACCUGGGGCUCGUCACCUGUCGUUGGACGCCCCCGAUGCUGCUAUUUACGCUCAAGCCCGGGCUAUGCUUGACUGGAAUGCUCGCAACCCCUUCUGUGGAGGUUGUGGUCAGAAGACCCUAUCGGUGAAUGCAGGAGCGAAACGAGUGUGCCCGCCCACGGAUUUGGCUGGCGUUCCCGAGGGCGGCUCUCCUAGAGAGCGUGCCCCUUGUCCGACACGGCAAGGAGUAUCAAAUCUUUGCUUCCCGCGUACGGAUCCGACCAUGAUUGUGGCUGUUAUUUCUGCGGAUGGAACAAAGAUGCUUCUUGGUCGGCAGAAAAGAUGGCCGCCUUACUGGUACUCAACCUUGGCAGGUUUCCUUGAACCCGGUGAGUCGAUCGAAGAAGCAGUACGCCGCGAAGUCUGGGAAGAGAGUGGCGUCACUGUGGGCAGAGUGGUGAUUCACAGUUCGCAACCGUGGCCGUAUCCCGCAAACCUCAUGAUUGGCGCCAUCGGACAAGCUCAGCCUGGAGCUGGUGAGAAGAUUGACCUUGGUAACGACCCGGAGCUUGAGUCCGCGAAGUGGUUUCCACUCGAGGAAGUCAGAACUGCGCUUCUUCAAGGAACCAGUGGCUUGGGCGAGCCAGCACCAGAUGGAUACAAAGAGGGAGACCUCCGACUGCCACCUCAGACAGCAAUUGCCAAUAGAUUAAUGGACGCGGUCACUGGAGGCUUUCUUACAGCAUCCAAGAUGUAGUUGUGCGCAACCAUAGACCAAGUAGGAUUAAGAGUGGUAGACGUUUUGUUGGUAUUGCGCAUGGUGGAUAGAUCUAGAUAUUUUAUGAUAUGAAAGCUCUGACAUACGA